CAAGUGACACCCCGAAAGAAAAUCAGCUAUCGUCACCUAUUUCCUUUUGCUCUUCUCGCUGCAAAAAAAUCACAAAAUUUUACGCCGGACUCACGAUGAAAGUGAAAUUCUCCAUUCUCUGCGCCCUCGCAGGCAUUUGCAUGUCGCUCGCAGCGAGCGUCGAUCCCGAAAUCCAAAAUAAGAAUGUGGACCGUACCAUUGACAUCAGCUCGCAACUCGUAAAAAUCAAUUACAAAAUAACGCUGGAGCACAAACAGGGCAAAAACAUCCAAAAUUACGUUUUUGUCGUGCCGGAUGCGGAACGGCAGCAUUUGUCAUUCAUCUCGGUGAAGGAUACGCAAAAGAAGGAGUUGAAAACGACAGAAAGCAAAAGUCCUCAAGGCACGGAGUUUAUCUUUUCCUUUGGAGCGUCGCCGAAUCCCGUGGUGUACAUCGAAACGGUUUACACGAAGUUUUUGGAGCCAUAUCCGGCACAAAUUACGCAGGCAGACAAACAAUUGGUUCGCUACUAUGGCAACGCUUACUUCUAUUCGCCCUACAAGACCUUGACCCAGAAGACAACGAUCCAUUUGGCAUCGCGUCAUGUCGAAAGUUUCACGCAAGUGAAGCCUUCCACGCAUUCCGACACCCAAAUCACGUAUGGAGCGUAUGAUAAUGUCGAGCCAUUUGCCACGGAACCAAUUGUCGUGCAUUACGAGAACCAUUCGCCCUUUUUGACAGUCACCCGAUUGCAACGUUGGAUCGAAGUAUCGCAUUGGGGCAACAUCGCGGUCGAAGAAACCUUGGAAAUUGUGCAUGCUGGAGCGAAAUUGAAGGGAUCCUUCUCACGAUAUGACUACCAAAAAGACACACGUGGCUCCCAACCGAGUGUCAAGUCGUACAAAACGAUUCUCCCGUCAUCCGCAACUGGCGUCUAUUAUCGCGACAUGAACGGAAACAUCUCAACCUCGGCGAUGCGCAUCCUAAAAGACAGUGUUGAGUUGGAUUUACGUCCCCGAUUCCCCUUGUUCGGCGGAUGGAAGACCCAAUACACUUUGGGCUAUAAUGUACCCAGUUUCGAGUAUCUUUUCCAAAACGGCGACAAUUACAUGCUGAAAAUGCGUUUAAUUGAUCACAUUUUCGACGAUAUGGUUGUCGACGAGAUCGUCACAAAAGUCGUUUUGCCCGAGGGCAGCACAAAUAUCAAACUCAUCACGCCAUAUUCCGUGCAACGUUUGCCCGAUGCGCUGCAUUACACGUACUUGGAUACCUUUGGACGUCCCGUUAUCUCGUUCACGAAGAAAAAUCUCGUCGAAAAUCACAUCAACGACUUCAACCUGAAAUAUACAUUCCCCAAAGUGAUGUUGCUGCAAGAACCGCUGCUCGUUGUCGGCUUCUUGUAUGCCAUCUUCUUGGUUGUGAUCAUCUGGAUGCGACUCGAUUUCUCCAUCAUCAAGCAACAGGAGCAGCAUGCGCACAAGGAAUAGGAUCGGAGACGAUUUCCGUUCGUGCAUUAUUGCAACACAAGAUCUCGUGCAACUACAACUAACAGCUCAUCUACGGAAACUACCGAGGAACCAAUUAUUACCUAUCAUGACGGAAACGACGGAAACAAUUAUAUCAGAAGCAACGUUUAAAAUAUCAGAGAAACGAUCUCCUCCUGUCUUCGACUUCAACUUCUUCUACUUUUAUCGGCAUUUAACAUUCGCAAUUAGUUAACAACGUUUUGUGCUAAAAAAAAAAUAAUUAGAUUUAAAAUCCAGUUAGACACGCCGCGCGCUGCAAUUGAGUCACAUUCACCAAAAAUUUAAUAUUCACAUGCAUUUCUCUCGUUUAAUUAGUUUUUUGUGUCUUGUUUUUUGUAUAAAAAAUAAAUUGAAAAAAAUAAUGAGUACAGACUUUACAUACAAGUUAAGGAUUUAAUUAAAAAUAAAAAU